AUGGCCCGUCGCAAGAAGACGUCCCCCAUGGCCGACCAAACUGGUUGUCGACUCCUGGGACUGCCAGCUGAACUAAGGAAUCGAAUCUACGGCCUCGUUCUCUCUUGCACCUCCCACCGAAUUCCCUGCUGCAACUCCCGCCUCAACAUCGGUGAAAAGAAGAAACACGGGGCACCUGGACUCCUUCUCACAUGCAAACAAAUUCACACUGAAACAAUUUCGAUGUUCUACGCACAUGUCACUUUCUACGUCACCAACUGGUGGGACUUGGCCCCUUGGCUUUCGAAGAUUGGUCUUGCUCGCCAGCAGCAGAUCAACACCAUCCACUACGAGUCGUCGAGCUAUUGGUAUGGCACCUUCCAAUCCCAGGAAACACUUCGACACUUGGGAACUAGGGCUGCCCGACAUCGCAAGUGGGUGUUGCAGGACGUCCAUCAAUCAGGUCCAAUCCUCGGCGACGACAAAGUCUACGUACGGAUGUAUCUUCCAGGAACGAAGAUUUACUGGACCAACGAGCCCAAAAAGAUUGCCGAGAUGUUCGUGGAGAAGUUGAGAGAGAUCAAGAAGCGCCCAGGCAAGAUUAAUAGCUCUGCUGCGUGCUUCCUGCAACCGAUCGCCAAGCUCCUCGACCUGGUCAGCGCAUCGCACAUGGCGAUCUUUGCGUCACACAUCCACAUCAUGCCUCCCCACGCUAAGCACGCCGAGACCGACCUGGCUGCCCGCCCUUUCCGCUUCCUCGAUCUUGCGGCGGAACUGCGCAACCGCAUUUACGAAUAUGCUUUCUUCCGCGUCGAGGUCGAGCUGCCAGUCUCCGGUCCCCGCGACGACAAAAGCGAGAGAUUCCCUCCAGCGCCAAGUCUCCUCGUCGCCUGCAAACAGACCUACACCGAGGCACUCACCAUCUAUUACAGCGAGUCGGCUUUCUACUCCGAGUGCAGCCGACCCAUGCGCCAGUGGCUCGAGUUCAUCGGCUCGAUCCGCCGGCGUCAGGUCAGCUUCGUCGGACACGCAGGACCAAUCCGCAUGGCAAAAUCCGCCAGCCUGAGCCAAGCGAGGUUGCACGAGAUCCCGGAUGAGAAGAUUCAUGUUCGCUUCGUGUUUCCCACCUUGCCGGGCAUUUCUACGUACUGGACCAAUGACCCCGAGGGUACGGCGAAGAAGUUCGGAGAGCAUUUGGGGGAGAUUCGGACGAAGAGGUACGGGGGAUCUCGACCGAUGACGCAUCAUGGACGCUCGUCGUGGCUUAUGCUGGAUUCUUUCGGACUGGGAGAGGACGAGUCGAAGAGUGAUGAUGAAGAUUGA